UUUUCCUUGUUUGUUGGGCUAAGAAGAAGAGAGAGAAAGAGUGUUUGUGUGUAAGCCACAAACAAGAGCUUAUAAAACUCUUCCACUAGAUUCGUUCUUCACUUCUCUUAAAUCAAAUCAAAUAAACUCUUUCUUCUCUCUCGUUCUCCCUCGUUUUCUUCGCUUCAUUUCUCUCAUCAACCUCGCUAAUACCAACAAUGGGAGAUGAGAAGAAGCCUAAGCCUGUUGCUAUUGGUGUCUGGCCAACAAUCAAGCCUUUCGUCAAUGGUGGUGCUUCUGGUAUGCUCGCUACAUGUGUUAUUCAACCUAUUGAUAUGAUCAAGGUUAGGAUUCAACUGGGUCAAGGUUCAGCUGCUAGUGUCACAUCUACCAUGCUUAAGAAUGAGGGUGUUGGUGCUUUCUAUAAGGGUCUAUCAGCUGGGUUACUCAGGCAGGCUACUUACACCACUGCUCGUCUUGGAACGUUUAGAAUCUUGACAAAUAAAGCAAUUGAGGCUAAUGAUGGAAAGCCCCUGCCACUCUACCAAAAAGCUCUAUGUGGGCUGACUGCUGGUGCAAUCGGUGCAACUGUUGGUAGUCCAGCUGAUUUGGCACUCAUUCGUAUGCAGGCUGAUGCAACUUUACCUCUUGCUCAGCGCCGAAACUACACAAACGCCUUCCAGGCACUUUACCGUAUCGGUGCAGAUGAAGGUAUUCUUUCACUGUGGAAAGGUGCUGGGCCUACUGUAGUAAGAGCCAUGGCAUUGAACAUGGGGAUGCUUGCUUCUUAUGAUCAAAGUGUUGAGUUCUUCAAGGAUACCGUUGGUCUAGGUGAAAUGACUACUGUGGUUGGUGCAAGUAGUGUAUCUGGAUUUUUCGCAGCAGCUUGCAGUUUGCCAUUUGAUUAUGUGAAGACACAGAUUCAGAAGAUGCAACCUGAUGCUGAAGGAAAAUACCCAUACACUGGUUCUCUUGACUGUGCCGUCAAAACCUUCAAAGCAGGAGGACCCUUCAAAUUUUACACUGGAUUCCCUGUCUACUGUGUUAGGAUUGCUCCCCACGUCAUGAUGACAUGGAUUUUCCUCAACCAGCUCCAGAAAUUGGAGAAAAGUUAUGGGUUAUAGGUGAUGGUCAAGCAUUUUGCUGUUGAAUUCAAGCUUUGAGCAUUGAAUAAUUUGUUGGCUGUGUUGUAGCCCUUUUUGGAAAUUGGAUAUCAAUGGAUCUGAUCAUUUUUUUAAAGAUUUAAUUAGUCAUGCAAUUCAAGCGGGAAAAAUUUAACUUACAUUACGUUGUAUUAGUAAUAUAUAGAAUAUGAUAUGAUGCGUUGGAGCAUAUAGUAGUAGUAGUAUAAAUCCCAUUUUUGAAUGGAGAACUUGUUGAGAUAUCUUGAACUAGAAUAAUAAGUACUCUCUACCUCACAUCUUUUCAACAUCAUGUUUUAUAA